AAAAAAAAAAAAAAAAAAGGUCCGGAAACCUGUAACAUCUUUACGGGAAGCAUCUGCCACCCUGAUCAACCAGUCCGUCUGUCGAUCUCCGAGCGUACCAAAAUAAUAAUAAUAAAAAAUGAAAUAAAGAGAUAGAGAGAGAGAGCAAUGUCCAGGGCUCGCGUAUACGCGGACGUCAACGUUCAGCGCCCCAGAGAUUACUGGGAUUACGAAUCCGUCACUCUUCAAUGGGGUGAACAAGAUGACUAUGAGGUUGUUAGGAAGAUCGGAAGAGGAAAAUACAGUGAGGUCUUUGAAGGUGUAAAUGUCACCAAAAACGAAAAGUGCGUUAUGAAGAUCCUUAAACCCGUCAUGAAAAAGAAGAUAAAAAGGGAGAUGAAGAUACUACAGAAUCUUUGUGGUGGUACAAACAUCGUGAAGCUGCUUGACAUUGUCAGGGAUGAACACUCAAAAACUCCUAGCUUGAUCUUUGAGUAUGUGAACAGUGCAGAUUUCAAAGUGUUGUAUCCCACACUGACGGAUUAUGACGUUCGCUACUAUAUAUAUGAACUUCUCAAGGCAUUGGAUUACUGCCAUUCGCAGGGCAUAAUGCAUCGAGAUGUCAAGCCUCACAAUGUUAUGAUUGAUCAUGAUCUCCGGAAACUUCGCUUGAUUGAUUGGGGUCUCGCUGAUUUCUACCAUCCUGGAAAAGAGUACAAUGUCCGAGUAGCUUCAAGGCACUAUAAGGGGCCUGAACUUCUCGUGGAUCUGCAAGACUAUGACUAUUCGUUAGACUUGUGGAGCCUUGGCUGUAUGUUUGCAGGAAUGAUCUUUCGCAAGGAACAAUUCUUCUAUGGUCAUGACAAUCAGGACCAGCUAGUGAAAAUUGCUACGGUAUACUUCUCAUCUUUAGCCUGGAACCGGAAGAUACACUUACAUGAUCAAAUCGUUAUGGUUGAAAGAUGGUUUUGGGCCUCUGGUUCAUAUUUAACCCAAAAAGGAAAGGCAUCGCUUUGUCUGUCUUUCUGUCAGAUGAUGCUUAAACGUUGCAGCUGUAUCAGCAAAGCUAUAGAGCAAAGCAGGAAGCCAUGGUCAAUAUUUAUCAAUGCGGAAAAUCAGCAUCUGGUUUCUCCAGAGGCCAUUGAUUUUCUAGAUAAGCUUCUUCGAUAUGAUCACCAGGAAAGGCUUACAGCAAGAGAAGCAAUGGCUCAUGCAUACUUCUCCCAAGUGAGAAGUGCAGAAAAUAGCUGGAUACGGACGCAGUAACUCCAGACUCCAAUAGAAUCCUUUGGUAAAAAAACUUGUAUCCCUUUUGUCUUUCUGUGUAGACUGUGAAUGAUCACUAAAGAAAAAUAUUUAUCUAACUUAGGUUGUUCAUUACAUCCAUUCUUUUCAAAUUUUUAAUGCCGAUAUUCUUUCUUUUCCGAGCACAUAAUUGUAUUUUUCACUUGUUAUGACCUAGUAAUUAAUCAGAAUGCAGUGCAACAGUA